AUAACCAUCUCACCUCCAUUAAUCCCCCAACUUUUGUGUCUUGAUUCUUACCAAACUCCUCAUCCUUUUUUGUCCUUCCCUCUUCCAAUAAUCAGCCGCACAAAUGAAACCCCUUGCCACUCUGCUUCUGCUGCUUAACUUCUGCAUGUAUGCAGUCAUUUUGGGCAUCGGUGGCUGGGCCAUGAACACAGCCAUCGAUCAUGGCUUCGUCAUUGGCCCUGGCUUACGACUACCGGCGCAUUUCUCACCAAUUUACUUCCCCAUGGGGAACGCAGCCACUGGUUUCUUUGUGACAUUCGCUUUGUUGGCUGCCGUGGCUGGAGCUGCCUCUGCAAUCUCAGGACUAAACCAUAUUCGGUUAUGGAGUGCUGAAAGCUUAGGCGCAGCAUCCUCUGCUGCUGUUUUUGCUUGGUCCCUCACUAUCCUUGCCAUGGGCUUUGCUUGCAAAGAGAUUGCUCUCGAUUACAGAAACACAAGACUGAUAACAAUGGAGGCGUUCUUCAUAAUUCUCUCUGCUACACAGCUACUUUACAUCUUUGCCAUCCAUGGUGCUGUUUUCAAGAGAUGACAACUGAAUCAUGGAAACAUUCCUUGAUAUUCAUUGCCCAUUUUCAUCU